CCUGUAACAAUCUACUACUACUGCACGGCAUUGCUGCCCGGUGACAAUUGUGAUCAUACUACCCUGUUGCUCAAGGACAAAUCUGCCACAAUGUAACAGACAUAGGGUUAAAUAAGUGACAACCCUGUAGUUAUCUGCUACAUGAAACUAACAGUGGAUAGGUAACAAUCCUGUAGUAACCUGCUAAUUGAAACUAACUGUGCAUAGGUGACAAUCCUAUAGUAAACUGCUAAAUGAAAUUGUGGAUAGGUGACAAUCCUGCAGUAAACAAGUACUACAUGAUACUGCUGAUUGGUGGCAAUCCUGUAACAUUGUUUGGGGGGUGACAACCCUGCUACGAUCUACCACAUGAUUGUCUUGUUCAGAGACAUUUCUGACAAGUCGACACAGCAAGAUGUGGGGAAGAGGAAAACGACAGAGGAAUAAAAAUUACCCUAGUGGCAGCGGCGGUGGUGGAGGAGCAUUCCGCUCGCCCGCCAUGCGAAACGAUAACGAGCUGGAAGGGUUCGUAUCCAUCCUGCACACCAGCGGGGAUAAUUAUGUUCCCAUCAGGGACUCGAGCGCAGAUCACAUGAAAUAUACGAGCGUCUCGGCCAAGUCGGGAAUGGUUCCUGAGCACCGGUACACGAUGGUGAGGAGCCGGCACCACGGCCGCCACCACCACCACCACAGCUACCAGGAGUACAACACGCAGCGCUCCGCCAUCAGCCUCAUCGCCGAGCUGGGCUCGGAGAGCAACGCCCACGGCCUGGCCAAGAUCGUCACGUCACGUGACACCAAGCGGAAGGUCAUCUGGGCGCUGAUGGUCAUCAUCGGUUUCACGGCGGCCACGCUGCAGCUUUCGCUCCUGGUGCGGAAGUACCUGCAGUUCCAGGUGGUCGAGCUGUCCGAGAUUAAAGACAGCAUGCCCGUGGAGUACCCGUCGGUGACUAUCUGCAACAUCGAGCCCAUCUCGCUGAGGAAGAUUCGGAAGGCGUACAAUAAGAACGAGAGUCAGAACUUGAAAGACUGGCUCAACUUCACGCAGACGUUUCACUUCAAGGAUAUGUCUUUCAUGAACAGCAUCCGCGCGUUCUACGAGAAUUUGGGCUCGGACGCCAAGAAGAUCAGCCAUGACCUCCGUGACCUACUCAUUCACUGCCGGUUCAAUCGAGAAGAGUGCACGACGGAGAACUUCACGUCCUCCUUCGACGGGAACUACUUCAACUGCUUCACUUUCAACGGAGGCCAGUUACGAGAUCAGCUACAGAUGCACGCCACUGGUCCGGAAAACGGGCUCUCGCUCAUCAUAUCUAUAGAGAAAGAUGAACCGCUUCCCGGGACGUACGGAGUAUACAAUUUCGAGAACAACAUCCUACACAGCGCCGGCGUACGCGUGGUGGUGCACGCCCCGGGUUCCAUGCCCAGCCCGGUGGACCACGGCUUCGACAUCCCGCCCGGGUACUCAUCCUCUGUUGGUCUGAAAGCUCUGCUCCACACGCGCCUUUCCGAGCCGUACGGCAACUGCACCGAGGACUCACUCGAGGGAAUCCAGACGUACCGCAACACAUUCUUCGCCUGCCUGCAGCUGUGUAAGCAGAGGAGGCUCAUUAGGGAGUGUAAGUGUAAGUCCUCGGCCCUUCCGGAUUUAAGCGUGGAGAACAUCACAUUCUGCGGAGUCAUUCCGGACUGGAAAGAUAUACGGAGAAACGUCACAGGAGAGUACAAGAUGAACCAGACAAUCCCCACCAUCUCCUUGGCGUGUGAGGCGCGCGUGCAGAAACAGCUCAACAACGACCGCUCCUACGAGACGGAAUGCGGCUGCUACCAGCCUUGUAGCGAGACGUCAUACCUCAAGUCAGUCUCCCUCUCCUACUGGCCCCUGGAGUUUUAUCAGCUCAGCGCGUUAGAGAGAUUCUUCAGCCAGAAGAACCCGACGGACCAGCAGCACUUCAUGAAGAUUGCCCAAGACUUUCUGUCCCGCCUAGCGCACCCACAGCAGCAGGCCCUGGCCCGCAACAACAGUCACGACAAGGACAUCCUCACUACCAGCUACUCGCUCUCCGAGAAAGAGAUGGCCAAAGAGGCCUCGGAUCUUAUACGCCAGAACCUGCUCAGGCUCAAUAUAUACCUUGAGGACCUGAGCGUGGUGGAGUACCGCCAGCUCCCCGCCUACGGGCUGGCCGACCUGUUCGCGGACAUCGGCGGCACACUGGGCCUGUGGAUGGGCAUCUCCGUGCUGACCAUCAUGGAGCUCAUGGAGCUUAUCAUCCGCCUCUUCGCGCUCAUCUUCAACGCCGAGCGGGAGGUGCCCAAAGCGCCCGUGCACAGCAGCAACAACGGCGGAGGCGGCGGCGGCGACGGACAGCACAACUUCGCCAACGGAGACGUGGAGCACGAGCGGGACACGCACUUCCCCGACCUCGGCUCCAGCGAUUUCGAUUUUCGCCGCGGCGGCGGGAUAG